AUGGCAAGAUACCCUUUGUGUGUCACAACAACUGAACCAGUCAACUUGGAGACUAAUUCUACACUCAUUCCACUAUUAUGUUCAGACACUUCAGAAGAUAUGAGGGUUAUACACAAUUCAUACUUCUCUAAUACAUUUAAUGGUAUUGGUGAAGCAAUAGGGUUAAUUGGCUUUGGAUCAUGUGAGGAAGUUGAUGAGCUAGAAGAAUUAGCACCAGGCAUCAUUGUUAAUCCCAAUCACUCUUUAUUUGAGAAAGAUCAAGUGUAUAAGAAUAAAUAUGUCCUCACCAGUGCACUAAAAAGACAUUCCAUUCUUAAGCAUUUUCAAUUCAAGACAACAAGAUCAAGCUCAAUCAGCUAUUCGAUACAGUGCUUAGGUGAAAACUGUAGUUGGAGUUUACGAGCUUCAAGCUUGAACAAAUCUCAAAUGUUCAAGAUUAGAGAAUUUGAAAGUGAACACACAUGUUUGUUGCUACAUAAUUCAUUAUCGGAAAGGCAAGCAACUAAGAGUGUUGUUGGGAGUAUUAUUGUCGGUAAAUGUGCUGAACCAGAUGUUAUUUACACACCAAAAGAUAUACAACGUGACAUGUUAGCUGAAUAUGGUGUGCGACUCACAUAUAUGCAAGCAUGGAGAGCUAAAGAAGCAGCUCUUGAAUUAGUCCGGGGUGAUCCAAUUCAAUCAUAUGCAAAGUUGCCAAGCUACUUUCACAUACUAGAGGCAACUUACCCUGGUUCCCAUAUAAGAUUGCACAAAUCAGAGGAUGACCGUUUUCUAUAUGCGUUUGUAGCUUUGUUCACCUCGAUAAAAGGAUGGGAAUAUUGUAGACCAAUUGUAGUUGUUGAUGGAACUUUCUUAAAAGGAGCAUACAAAGGGACACUACUAACCGCUAAUACCUUAGAUGCAGCAGGGAGUAUACUGCCACUUGCUUAUGCCAUUGUUGAUUCAGAGAAUGAUGCAUCUUGGAGGUGGUUUUUUGAGCAAUUCAGAGAUGCAUUCGGUCAAAGAUUAGAGAUGUGUAUCGUUUCUGAUAGGCAUGCAAGCAUUAUUAAGGCAGUUUCGAGAGUCUAUGAUGAAAAUCUGAAACACAUCAGCGCCUAUUCAGUCUAA